CUGGCGGCCUGGAGUUCGCGACGGGAUCCGGCUUUGGAGGGUUAGAGCUUCUCUCUCCCCGCGCCUCAGACUUCCUGCCGCUUGUUACAGCCUUCACUUUCUGCCUGGAAUGUGCGUGUGGUACUGGAGGUAGAUCAGCCAACUUGUGAAUCUAAGUCGACAGCUAUGAAGAAGAAAACCAUGUGGUUUGUCUGGAAGAAGGAAGAAUCUAUAAUUGAAGGGGAUCAGCUAAGAGUGGCUCCUCAGCACAAAGGGGGGAGACGUCACACUUCUUGGAAUCAGCAGUUGAAUUCUUGAACAUAAUAUGAUUAAGAAGCCAUGGGCUGUGGGAAUUCUUCAUUGAACAACAAGAAAUCUGAGAAAGCACUGAAAGCCGCAUUAGUCAUCCAGAACUGGUACCGAGGUUGCAGAGCUUGGCUGAGGGCCAGACAGCAAUAUGCCCUUGCCAUCUUUGAGUCCAUUGAAUAUGCUGAUGAACAAAGCCAAAUGCAGCUAUCUGACUUCUUCUCCUUCUUGUUGGAAAACUACACACAUUUACAUAAGAAAGAUCCAGAAUUAUCAUGUCAGCUUCGCAAAAGCACCAAGGAUAGACAGGACUAUAUGGGGUUGAUAGAGGUCCCAGAUUCCUAUGAUGGUCCGCGGCUGCAAUUUCCUCUCACUUUCACGGAUAUUGUUUUACUUGUUGAGGCCUUCAAGCAUCAAAAGAUACUUCAUGCUUAUUAUGUCUUAGAGGUGCUAUUUGAAACCAAGAAAUUCCUGAAGCAAAAGCUGAAUUUCACUCAUAUAAAAACUUCUCCCUCCAAAGGCCUCACAAUCUGUGGUGAUUUGCAUGGGAAACUGGAUGAUCUCUUCUUGAUCUUCUAUAAGAAUGGUCUCCCUUCAGGGAACAACCCAUAUCUUUUUAAUGGUGAUUUUGUAGAUAGAGGAAGAAAUUCCAUAGAGGUCCUAAUGAUCCUGCUUGUAAGUUUUCUUGUCUACCCCAAGGACAUACACUUGAACAGAGGGAACCAUGAAGAUUUUAUGAUGAAUAUGAGGUAUGGCUUCACAAAAGAAAUUUUGAAUAAAUAUAAGCUACAUGGAAAAAAAAUCUUGCAAACCUUGGAAGACGUCUACACCUGGCUCCCAAUUGGUGCCAUCAUUGACAACAAAAUCCUGGUCAUACAUGGUGGGAUAGCUGAAUCCACAGACUUGAAUUUACUUCACUGCAUAGAAAGAAACAAAAUGAAAUCUGUGCUGCUACCUCCAGCGUCACGAAACUCCACUGAGCCAGAGAAAAUGAAAGUAGGUGAAAUCAUCAUGUCUGGGAUAAUCACACCAAAAGAUGUUUCUUCUGAACAGUUAUCAAAGAAAGAAUGGGAGCAGAUUAUUGACAUUCUGUGGAGUGACCCCAGAGGCACAAAAGGCUGUUUCCCAAACACAGGCCGAGGAGGGGGCUGCUAUUUUGGACCAGACAUUACUACCAAUAUUCUUAAUAAAUACCACUUGAAGAGGAUCAUCAGAUCUCAUGAAUGUAGGCCUGAAGGGUAUGAAAUCUGCCAUGAUGGGAAGGUUAUUACUGUAUUUUCUGCUUCUAAUUAUUAUGAAGAUGGCAGCAAUCGAGGAGCUUACAUCAGACUGGGUUAUGGCACAGCCCUAGAAUUUUUCCAGUACCAAGUAACUAAUUCAACAUGCUUGAAGCCUCUUCACCAAAGGGUUAAUGUUAUCGAAAGUAGUGCCAUCAGGAUAUUAAAAGAGAAAAUUAUUUCACGAAAAACUGACCUCACUCAUACUUUCCAACUUCGAGACUACAGUAAAUCAGGAAAACUUUCAGUGACCCAAUGGGCUUUUUCUAUGGAGAGCAUUCUGGGCCUGAAUUUACCAUGGAGAACUCUGAGUUUGUAUCUGGUAAAGAUAGACAAAGAUGGAUGCGUUGACUACAUGUCCAGCUUCCAGGAUAUCCACAUUGAAAAACCAGUGGAAGAGGCUGAAUCUACUUUAAUUGAAACUCUGUACAGAUACCGAUCUGACCUGCAGAUGGUAUUUAAUAUCAUUGAUUCUGAUUGCUCAGGCCAGAUCUCCAUGGAAGAAUUUUGGACCACGUGGAAACUUUUCAGUUCUCACUACAAUGUUCAAAUUGAUGAUUCUCAAAUUGAUGAGCUUGCCAACACAAUGGACUUAAACAAAGAUGGGAGCAUUGACUUCAAUGAAUUUUUAAAGGCUUUCUAUGUAGUGCAUACGUAUGAGAAGUUGAACACAUCAAAUGCCAAGCAUUCUCACUACUAAUGAAAGCUUCCCCUCAGGCUCCUUAUCAACAGCUGAACUCAAAUCACAAUCUCUUCCAGGACCCUUGAAAUUCAUAGUAAUAGAUAAAAGUAGAUACCCUACUUAUGCCACAAGCAGAUGUACAGACUGGAUGUUUGAAACCCUGAGCAACCUGAUUUGGUAAGAUAAAGUUAAACGUCAGCUGAUAGGAUUUGCCUCCAGUGUUAGGACUUGUACAUUGCCAGUUAGAAACUGCGUUUGAGCCUAGUGUUGGUUUCUUGGAUGCCACCGAACUGGGAGACCAAUGAAGAUUGAAAACAUACUGAAAGGAAGCACCAGAGGACCAAAGAAAACUAUGACGUGUAACAUCUGGAAGUGACAGGGAUAGGAAGAGGAACACCAAACUGUUAAUAAAAUAAACUACUUCCCUCUUUAAAAUGUAAUCUUUCUUUGAGA